AUGCACAGCAGCAAGGCACCCAAGAUCAACACUCCAACCUAUCAAAAUGCCAACAAGGGUGUCUCGAACCAGCAGCAAGAACAAGAACAGGACUUGAAAAAACUCGAGCAAAUGUACAAACAUAAAUUCAGUUGGAUGGAUGAUAGUGUGGAUAUUCGGGAUGAAUGUCCCAUGUGUAUGCUCUACAUCAAUUCACCUUGUUAUGAGACUUUUAUGGAAUAUAACAAGGCUGACGAUGACAAAACUGAAUUCAAGACCUCUCUCCGACAAGCAUCGGAAUCAUCCAAGGACAAGGAAAUGGAAUACAAGUUAUAUGUCAAGAAGGCCGAUCUAGCUUGGGAUCGUUUGAUGAAAUGUGUAACUCCUAUUCAAUCCACAUUUUUGCACAGACAAGAUGAAUUACAGACUUAUAUGAAAUCAGUCAAGGAAUUUGAAAAGGAAGUCUUUAAAAACAACAAUUAA